CAUUCCAGUCACUUUUUGCUAAUUCCUUUCUUUUGUCUGCCAUUUAUUCCUUAACUUUUGGUUUCAUUCUGUGAGUGGCUGGCAGGUACUCGAUGGACAGAAACAUCCGAGGCUGCUUCGUUUGCUUGAACGAACUGGAGAGUAUGUGUUUAAUGUGUUGUCUGAAUUUGAUAUGGUAGUGAAACUGCCCCAUAUUACUAUUCCCAUUAACAAUAAGUUUCAUGUUAUACAAGAGGCAGAAGAAGCUCUUCUAAUUGAUUUACCUGUUAAUGCAUCCUCAAAGAUCCGAGUACAAAGUGAAAAAGUGACAGAGCUACUUUUUGAGCUCUCGGACAGUGAGCAGUGUUUAUCCAUCAUUUCUGAAGUGAAAAAGAUCAAGCAAAAAGCAUUAUCUACACGCCAUGUUUCUCAACAAAUGGAAUCCUUUGCUUUGCCAUCGCAGAUGGGACAUGUGUCACAACUGAAAUCUGGAAGCAGUAAUAUAGGUUUAGCAUUUGAAGACAAUUUUAGUGAUAUUUUGAAAGUAGAGCAAAAAAAGAACCAGCAAAAUCGGUUGAGUGCUCCUCGAGACCCACCACCAGUACCAGCUCAUAAAGAAUCUUCACAACCUGUUCCUCCUAGGAGAGGACAGCAAUCAAACUCUCUUAAUUUUCAAAAAGAAACAACUUAUCCUUCAGCAGCAAAAGACUGUCCUGCUUCUGCUACCACUGAUAAAGAUGGAUAUGCACAAGAAAAUGUUCCUCAGAUAUCCGGUACAAUGAGAAAGCUAUUUGUUCCUUCAAAUCAUAUGGGGCAGAGAGAAGGAUUAAUCAAGCAUAUAUUAAAAAAGAAGGAAAAGGAGUAUGUAGACAUUCAGCAUUUUAGGUUUUUUACAGGAACAUGGAAUGUAAAUGGUCAGUCACCAGACAGUAAGCUAGAUGCCUGGCUGGGCUGUGACCCUGAACCCCCUGAUGUCUACUGUAUUGGUUUUCAAGAACUAGACUUGAGUACAGAGGCAUUUUUCUAUUUUGAUUCUUCAAAAGAGCAGGAAUGGGUUGACGCAGUAGAGGCAGCUUUGCACAGCAAUGGCAAAUACAAAAAGGUGCACCUUAUUCGAUUAGUGGGAAUGAUGCUGGUUAUAUAUUGUAAAAAGGAACACAAAAAAAAUAUUCGAGAAGUUGUGUCAGAGUCUACAGGUACAGGAAUAAUGGGAAAAAAUGUAAUUUUCUUGUGCUUUUUUCAGGGUAAUAAAGGAGGUGUAGCAGUAAGGUUUGUUUUUUACAACACUAGCUUUUGCAUUGUAAACUCUCAUUUGGCUGCCCAUGUUGAGGACUUUGAAAGACGCAAUCAGGAUUACAAGGAUAUAUGUGCAAGGAUAAGCUUUGAUGUUGCAGAUCAGCCACCAUUCAACAUUGUCAAACAUGGUGUGGUCAUCUGGCUUGGUGAUCUAAACUACCGACUGUGCCUUCCUGAUGCAACUUUGGUUAAAGGCAUGAUUUCCCAGAAUGAAAUCAAGAGGCUACUAGAAUAUGACCAACUAAACAUUCAGCGAUCGACAAGGAAGGCUUUUACUGAUUUUGAAGAAGGAGUCAUUAAAUUCAUACCAACGUACAAGUAUGAUCCAAAGACUGACAAAUGGGACUCCAGUGGCAAGUGUCGAGUUCCAGCCUGGUGUGAUCGAAUCUUAUGGAGGGGGAGUGAUGUGAAGCAGCUAUCUUACAGGAGCCACAUGAAACUUCAGACCAGUGACCAUAAGCCAGUCAGCGCUCUGUUUGAUAUAGGUGUGAAAGUAGUGGAUGAACAACGCUACAAAAAAGCAUUUGAAGAAAUUGUUCGAAUGAUGGACAGGAUGGAAAAUGAUUUCCUUCCUUCACUACAGCUUUCCCAACGAGAGUUCAUCUUCAAAGAUGUCAAGUUUCGCCAACUUCAGAAAGAAAAAUUUCAGAUAACAAAUGAUGGUCAAGUUCCAUGUCAUUUUUCUUUCAUUCCGAAGUUAAGUGAUUCUCAGUACUGCAAGCCCUGGCUUAGGGCAGAUCCCUGCGAUGGAUAUCUGGAGCCAAAUGAGACAGUUGAAAUCUGGUUGGAAGUCUAUGUCAGCAAAGAUUCUGUAACCAUGUUAAAUUCAUGUCAAGACAAAAUUGAAGAUAUCCUGGUGCUCCAUUUAGAUCGGGGCAAAGAUUACUUUCUUACUAUUGGGGGAAACUAUCUUCCCAGUUGUUUUGGCACUUCCUUGGAAAGCCUUUGUCGGAUGAAGAAGCCAAUCAGAGAGAUUCCAGUAACAAAGUUGAUUGAUCUUGGAGAAGAAAGCUUCAUUGAGAAGGAAUCCCCUCGUGUAUACCACCUUCAAGUUGACAAUAAUGGUACGGAAGAUCCACCACUCAAAAUACCUAAGGAAAUAUGGCUGUUAGUGGAUCAUCUGUAUAAACAUGCCUGUCAAGAGGAAGAUCUCUUCCAAACACCAGGAAUGCAGAAUGAACUCCAAGAUAUAAUUGAUUGCCUAGAUACAACCAUUCCUGUUACAAUACCCGGAAGCAACCAUUCAGUAGCAGAAGCGCUGUUAAUUUUUUUGGAAGCAUUGCCAGAGCCAGUUGUGUGCUAUGAAUUGUAUAAUAAUUGCCUGGAUAGUGCUUUGGAUAGCCGCCUCUGUAGACAGGUAAUUUCUCAGCUUCCCCGAGUCCAUCGUAAUGUUUUCAGGUAUCUAAUGGCAUUCCUCAGAGAACUACUGAAGUAUUCACAGUACAACAACCUUAAUGCCAAUAUGAUAGCCACACUGUUUGCAAGCCUCAUGAUUCGUCCACCACCAAAGGUUUCUGGAAGACAAUCAGCACAAGAACGACAGAAAUCCAUAGACUUUAUAUUGAGUUUCUUAUUAAGUGGAGAUGAAGAAUAAAAAAAAAAACUGGUACAAAGUGAAGAAAUAUCUGUGCUCCAUCAGUUUGGUGAGGUUGUUUUAAAGUCUGCUGUGGAAAGACUGUCUCCAGUUGGGUGUUAAUGGAGAUUUGGAAACAUUAUUCUGUUUACAAAGAUCUUAAUUGCACAGCAUGUUAAAGCAGUGGUGAAGAAAUGAAGACAUGAAGAGGAGAUCUGCUCAGUGAAUAAUUUCACAUUUUUGCCACAUAAACAUGCAUACACACUUCUUUUUCUUUUUUCAUUUUCCUUAAUGAAGUACUUUUACACAUACUUGUAAAAAGUGGGUAUGGAUAAAAUUAUUAAUCUAUUUAAAUUGUAAAAUGUGCAACUGGUUCUUUAUCUUUAAUCUUUAUGUACAGUAUUGUUUAAGAAAAAACACUAUGUUGUGUAUUCUCCUUAAACAAUCAGGUUGAGUGAAGAUGUGCCAAAACUCUUUUUAACAUCUGAUGUUUACAAAAGAAAGGUACAGAUUUAUUUUACACUACAGUUACCUGUUUUGAAUAAACAUGACUACUCCCACAUUCCUUCCUCAAUAACAGCUAGUUUUGAAAAUUCAUUUUAGCAGUUCUUUGUUGCAUUCAAAAGCCUGUUUUAUUAAUAAUGUAAUAAUUUUAUACAUUUUGAAAGAGUCUAGACAGAAUUAUACAUGCAUAAAAACAUGUAAAUUGGGAACAUUUAUGUACAAUAAAUAUUAGAUUAGGGAAUUGUUUGCAUUUCAGUCAACAAUGUAACAUAAAAUCUUGUUUCAGGAGAAAGAGUUUAUAAUUAAGAGCUUCUUUCAGAUUUGUUUACAAGCUGUUAUAAAUUUGUGUUUCAGUACACUUUGUUAGAUCAAAACUAGAAAUUGUUCAUUCUUUAUACCACAUACUCUAUGUCCUUUGGAUAUUUUUGUUCUGGGGCCUAAUUAAGUAAAAACAUUGUGUGUUACUAUUGAACUACUAUAGUGUAUGAACAACCACUUCAAGUUGUAACCAAGCCCCAUAUCUUUUAGAACUUUCUUGAUUUUAUUUGUCAGUACAUUGUUUGCAUUCCUAUACAGUAUACUCUUUUUGCAGUGUUUCCAGGCGAAGAAGUGACCAGUACCAGUUUAUAUAGGAAUCUUUAAACUACUUUUGUUUUACAAAUGUAAAGUGUACAUGGAUUUUGAGAAACUGGGUGCAGAAAUGCACAUUUAUUUGUUCAAGGAAUUAAAAUUUGUAGAAGGCAGUAGUUAGCCUUACAAAAAAUUAAUUCUGCCUAAAAAAAUACCUACACAGAUGUCUUAAGUGAUGUGUUACAUAGGCAUUCCUUUUCAAAUUGUGCGUAAUGCCCUUUUAAAUUUUCAAAACUAUGUGUUACUUGUAUUUUAGAUUUUUUUCAGUGUCAAAUAUGAUCUUUAUUUAGGUUAGAUUAAUGCUGUCAUAAAGCAAAGAAUUUUCCACCACCAAGUACCUUGCUUGAAUCUGUUAAUAUUCAAGAUCGCCUUUGCCAAUUUCUGCUUAUGUGGCUGUAUUAGAUGGGACUGUCUUUUGUAUGUGUUUCAGGUUUAUUGUAGUGCAAUAUGAGCAGUAUAUGACACAUGUUAGUAUGGGUUUUGUUUUGUUUACCUGUUAAUAGAUCUUUAUCUGUGCAGUCCAGUUUUUUAAAUCUUUAUCACUAGAAGCACUUUAUUAUUUAGAAAAGAAAAACACAUAUGUAUGGUCUUGGAUAUAAUGGCCUCCUUAUUCAAAUCUGAAUAAAUUAUAUUAUGUAUUGACCAUUUGCAAAACAGUGCAUAUAUUCAUGAUAUAUAAAAUGUUGCAAUUUCUCUGAAAUUCUACCUUUGAAAGAUGCUUGUAAAUGACUAUUCCCCUUAGCACUAAAUAAUUGUACUGGACACAGAACAUCAGAGUAGACUUGUGUAUGUGUCCAAACACACACGCACACACCUACACUGUGUAAAAACAUAUUAUUUCUCUUCAUAAUUAAACUCCUGUUACCCAAUACAAAUUCUUGAUGGAUUUUUAUUAAUCUUCUAUUUGUAGAACAUAGCUUUUCCAAUUCUUAAUCACCCCACAUAUAGUGCCUUGUUUCCAAGAAUUAGAAAUUAUGUACUGAAUAGUAUCUUUGUUCACUAUUCAUUAUUUCAUUUUUGCAGAAAAGCACAAACUAGGUUUAGAUCUUUCAAUUACAUUCAUUUUGUACACUGUGAAAUGAACCAGAAUGUUAUUAGUUGUCAAUAAAGCAAAUAUUUUAUUUUGUAACUUUGUUUGUUGUCAACAUAACUAAAAUGGUAGUGGAAUAUUGUACUGUAUCACAGAAAAAAAAUGAUUUUACAGCAUUGAUUUUCGACUCUUGGGUGAAUUGAUAGCAGUUGCUUCCCAAUCCUAUAUGAUUUUAUCAGUUGGCUUUAAUUGAAUGUGCUUGCUGUUCAAAUACAAAGAUCUGUCCAUACAUUUGUAAUAAUGACAGAAACACAGAUGUUAAGAAGUCACUUGCACUUUUCUCUCCUGUUUAUUUUUUGUUUUUGUUCUUUGUAAUUUAUUUUCCAAUAAUAAAAAAUGUUUUCUUUUCUCAUUUA